AUGAAUAGGUUGACAGUCAACCAAUUAACAGUUCUUCUCUGGAAAAAUUUUACAUUAAAGAAGAGGCGGAUGAUUAGUUCAGUAACAGAAGUCUUGGCAGCAUUGUUGUUUGUAAUAAUGCUGUUGAUAUUCCGUACACUUACUGGUAUAGAUGUUGCUGAGCCAAAUCAUUUCGAGCCUCAAUCCGUUUCUACCAUACCUUCUUUCAUCAAAGAUGCCAAGGAUUGGGAAUUGAUUUACAUACCUUCUGAUAUUGAUGUGGUAACAGAAAUUAUGGAGAAUGUAAAGAAGAAUCUCAACACCACCAUAAAAGUUCAAGGUUUUCCUUCAGAAGCAGAGUUUGAGAACUAUAGUCUGCUUGGUUUUGCAUCUCAGAAAGUGCUGGGUGCUGUUGUUUUUGACUGUGGCUUCAAAAGCAAAAUUGAUACUCUGCCACUUCAGAUAAAAUACCAUUUGCGUUUUAUUGGUGUGCAGAGGACCAUCUGGUGGCCAGAAAAGACAGGCUGGAAAACAACAGUUCUUUUUCCUAAUCAUCCUUCUAUACAACCCAGGAAUCCAGAUUUUCAUGAUGAAGAAAGUCCUGGAUAUAUCAGGGAAGGAUUCCUGGCAGUACAGCAUGCCGUGGAUAAGAGUAUUAUGUUGUAUCAUGAAGCCAGUGCUGGGAAAAAGCUAUUUGAUGAAGCUAAAAUUCUCAUACAAAGAUUUCCAUACCCAGCUCAUCCUCAGGAUAAAUUACUUUGGAUCUCCAGUCCUUUCAUCCCUUUGAUGUUCAUAAUUAUGUUCUCUUCCAUUGUUCUUUCCAUCACACGAUCCAUUGUGUUUGAAAAGGAAAAAAGAUUAAAGGAAUACCAGCUCAUAAUUGGGCUUAGAAAUUGGAUCAUCUGGGCUGGCUAUUUCUUCACAUUUUUCCCUUUAUAUGUCAUCAUUAUCCUUUUGAUAUGUGCAUUACUGUUUAUUGUAGAGGAGCCAAUCCUUCGAUACAGUGACUGCAGUUUCAUCUUUGUCUUUCUUACAUGUUAUGCCAUCGCGUCCAUAUGCUUUGCCUUUAUGGUUAGCACAUUCUUCAAUAAAACUCAUUUAGCUGCUUCUGCUGGAAAUCUCCUGUUUUUUGCCAGUUUCUUUCCCUAUAACUUCAUCUCUGAACACUAUGGAAUGUUGGGCCUUACCACCAAAGUGACUGCCUGUCUGAGCGCAAAUGUUGCAUUGGCACUGGGGAUUAAUAGGUUAAUCGAUUUGGAAAUACAAGAGAUUGGUGUUAAAUGGCAUAACCUUUGGAAACCAGCCAAUCUUGAGGAUAACUUCAUCUUUGGCUAUAUGUUCGGAAUGCUUUUGCUUGACGCUUUCUUAUAUAGUCUUGUUACCUGGUAUGUAGAAGCUGUCUUUCCUGGGCAGUGUGGUGUGCCUCAACCAUGGUACUUUUUUCUUCUGCGUUCAUACUGGUUUGGCAAACCAAAAAUCCAAAAGACUGCAGAAGAGACAAAGUGCUUCCCCAUAGUGCAUAACUGUUUUGAGACUGAACCUACCAACUUGGUAGCAGGUAUCCAGAUCAAACGUUUGUACAAGGAGUUUAGAAACAAACCCGCAGUAAGCAACUUGUCAUUUAACGUAUAUAAGGGGCAGGUCACUGUUCUUCUGGGACAUAAUGGGGCAGGAAAGUCCACAACCUUGUCUGUCCUCACAGGUGUGUAUUCAUCUCCAGUCAAGACAAAGGCCUAUAUUAAUGGAUAUGAUAUUUCAGAUAACAUGAUUGAAAUUAGAAAAGACUUGGGCUUCUGUCCUCAGUAUGACCUGUUGUUUGAUGACUUGACACUAUCAGAACACCUUUUUUUCUACUGCAUGGUAAAAGGAAUACCUCAGAACUGUGUGGAAGUUGAACGUAUGCUGUCUAUGUUUAACCUGAAAGAUAAUUACCAUGCAUUAUCGGGCUCAGUGAGUGGAGGAGUGAGGCGCAAGCUCUCCAUCAUUAUGGCACUUACAGGGGGCUCCAAGGUAGUGAUACUUGAUGAACCAUCAUCUGGCAUGGACCCAAUGUCAAGAAGGGCCACCUGGGAUCUCCUUCAGCAUUAUAAAUGCAAUCGGACCAUUUUACUGACCACCCACUACAUGGAUGAAGCUGACAUCCUGGGUGACCGCAUUGCCAUCAUGGUCAGGGGGACCUUGCACUGCUGUGGCUCUUCCGUCUUCCUGAAACAAAUAUAUGGUGCUGGAUAUCGCAUAGUCAUGGAGAAAGAAGAAUAUUGUGAUGUUGACAAUAUUGUUGCAAUGAUUCAGCAUCAUGUUCCAGAUGCUGUGUUGGAAAAUGAUUUAGGAAGUGAGUUAUCAUUUAUCCUAUCCAAAAAGUAUGUAUCAAGAUUUGAAGCUUUGUUUACUGAAUUGGAAAUAAAACAGAAAACACUGGGAAUUGCCAAUUUUGGAGCUUCCAUCACUACAAUGGAAGAGGUUUUCCUUAAGGUCAAUAAGCUGGCAACUCCCCAAAGGAAUAUUCAGACUCUCAACUUGGCAUACGAAAAGAUGAGACAAGAUAAGCAGCAGAAUGUGAAUAUACCCAGAAAUUACAAAGGACCACAUCUUUCCUAUUUGAGUGAAAUUUCUACCACUAAAUUUAACACUGGGUUUCCACUUUACCGCCAGCAAUUUUGUUCCAUGUUUAUAAAAAGAGCACUAUUCAUUUGGCGCAACUGGAAGUUGAUGUUGCUACAGAUAACAUUAAUUUUGCUUGUUACUACAUAUCUCUUAUUAGCUCUGCAUUCAGAUGAUCAUGAUGUACCUGAAAGAGAAUUGGAUUUGAGUCACUAUGGUGAAACCAUUGUGCCUUACUCGAUUUCAGGGAAUUCUGAUUUGGCUCUGAAUCUCACAGAGAACCUUAAGAAUUUUCUAAAGUCGAAGAAUCAAAACUUACGAAAAAUAAGAGGUAAUAUAAAUGAUUACAUAUUGAAAAAUAAAGAGUGUCGUAGCUUCUGCAUUAUUGCACUUUCUAUUGAGGUUGAGAAAAACAAAACAGUAUUCACUGUUUUCUUCAAUAAUGAGGUGUAUCAUUCAUCUGGAAUAUCUCUGGCAAUAUUAGACAACAUUCUUUUUAUGACACUUUCUGGACCUAAUGCUUCCAUUACCGUCUUCAAUAAACCUCAGCCUCAUUCUCACUCUUAUUAUGAUCCUAUCACAAUGACUGUAAGUGGAUUACAAAUAGUACAGUGUUUGGCUUUUGGCAUUUCUGUAGUGGUUGGAACCUUUAGUCUGCAGACAGUGACUGAAAGGAUCAGUCAAGCCAAGCACAUCCAGUUCCUGAGUGGUGUGUGUGUGCUCACUUACUGGCUGCCUGCCUUUUUGUGUGACCUCAUCUUCUUCUUCAUUGCCUCCUGUAUACUACUGGGCGUAUUCAUAUUCUGCCAAAUGGAUGCAUUUUUUGUGAGUUACAACUUUCUGGACACGAUGCUGAUUUUCAUGCUGUAUGGCUGGUGUGCUGUUCCCCUCAUGUAUCUUGGAAGCUUUCUGUUCAGAAGUAGCACUACUGCCUACAUCAAGCUCACGCUCUUUAACUACUUUUCAACUAUUUUUAGUAUCAUCAUUUACACUAUAGUGAAAUUUUAUGGGAGUGACUUUCCUAAGUUCGUCAACAGCUUCAUAAAUACAGCUUUAAUGACACUGCCUAGUUACAACUUUGCAAUGAGUAUCAGCAAGUAUUUUGAUGACUAUGAGUUGAAAACAUCGUGUGCAAAGGAAUUCAGAAGCAUUUACAUGGAUUGUAGUGAGUCAUAUACUCAGAACAAUGUGUACGGCUUUGGAGAGCGUGGGAUUGGGAAGUUUCUGAUCACACAGGCUGUCAUGGGCUUAGUCUUUAUCCUCUUGCUUUUAUCUCUGGAGGCUAUUUCCUGGAACCUGAGGAACUUCAUCUUUCAUAACAUUAUUUUUUGUUUCUACAAUAAAUUCAGAAAAGGCAGGCAAGUAAGUAAAUCUAACCAGGAAAUCAAAGAAGACGAGGAUGAGGACAUAAGGAGAGAAAAAAGGAAAGUCCUCUCACUGAUGCUCAAGUCACAGAAACCCCCACUGAUCCUUAAAGAAGUUACCAAGAUUUAUUUUAAGUGUCCUGUUGUCAAGGCUGUGAGAAAUAUCUCCCUUGCAGUCAGGAAGUCAGAGUGCUUUGGAUUGCUUGGAUUAAAUGGAGCUGGAAAAACUACUACAUUCAAAAUGUUGACCGGAGAAGAAACUAUCACCUCUGGAGUUGCAUUGAUUGAUGGCAACAGUGUCACUGGAAAUCCAAGAAAGAUUAGGUCAAGAAUUGGUUACUGUCCUCAGUCUGAAUCUGUGCUGAACCAUAUGACAGGCCGGGAACUGCUGAUCAUGUACUCAAGGCUGUGGGGGGUCCCAGAGGAAGACAUUGACAAGUAUGUGGAAGUCUUUCUGCAUUCAGUGCACCUGGAACACUUCGCUGACCAGUUUAUCUACACAUACAGUGGUGGCUGCAAACGCAGGCUAAGUACCGCUGUUGCCCUAAUGGGAAAGUCUUCCGUUGUCUUCCUGGAUGAGCCAUCCACUGGCAUGGACCCAGUAGCUCAGCAUCUGCUGUGGGACACGGUUACACGGGUCUGUAAGACCGGGAAAGCUAUCAUCAUAACUUCUCACAGAAUGGAAGAAUGUGAGACACUCUGCACUAGGCUGGCCAUCAUGCUGGAAGGGAGGUUCACCUGCCUUGGCAACCCCCAGCACGUCAGAAAGAGGUUUGGUCAUGUAUACACCUUAACAGUAAAGAUCAAUAUUGCUAAGGAUGAAGAUAAAAUAGCAGAGUUCAAAAAGUUCAUUGAAACAACUUUCCCAGGUAACAUCAAAAACCAGGAAUUUCAAGGGAUUAUUGGCUACUAUAUUCCAAGCAAGGAAGUCUGCUGGGGAAAGGUAUUUCAAAUUAUGGAGGAAGCCAAAGUGCUGUUCAAUCUGGAAGACUAUUCUGUCAAACAAGUAACCCUGGAACAAAUCUUUCUGACCCUUGCUAAUACCGACAAAAUGAGGGCUUUUCAGGAAUUGCAAGAGGCACAGGAUCGACAAAGAGAAGUUGUACAGAGUUCUCAGAAGAUGCAGGAUUGCUGGCAGAAGCUUCAAGCUGAAUAUUCUGAGGCAGAACUUAUAAUACAAGAGCAAGGAAAGAAAAUCGCAGAGCUUCAGAAGCUCCGUGCAGGUUUGAUUCAUGAAUUGAAAGAAAAAUGGGGAACUAUAAACGCCAAAUAUCUCCCUCUGAAUGUACAGUUUAAAUACAUUGAGCAGGAGUUGUUAUCAAUAAAAAUAGCACAAAAGCAAUACAAAAAUCUCCACACGGACCAGAAGAUUCUAGAACAAGAUGCACUAGACCUGCAGCACCAGCUUCGAGAUAACGAACAGCCAACUGAGUCAAGUCGGAACCAACAUUCUGCUGGUGACAGAAGAGAGCAGAACUUUACAGAGCGCUCUUAG